AUGACAACUACGGCAACAGAAAAAUAUAUUCAUAUAUCUCCUUAUUUUAUUAUUUAUUUGAAUGCUUUUAUUUCGAUUUUUGGUUUAUUUGGAAAUCUACUCAAUAUAAUUGUAUUUAUUAAUCUUCGAUCAUUUCGUCGUAAUCCAUGUGUAUUUUAUUUAAUGAUUGAUGCGAUAGUUAAUAUUGGUAAAAAUAUAGUUACACAUAUAUCAUUUAUUUUAUUCAUAGGAUUUUCUAUAACUGCAAAUUCUAAUUCAUUUAUUUGGUGUAAAAUAAAAACAAUGUUAAUAAAUUCUUUUAGUCUAAUAUCAAUGUUAAUUACAUGUUUUGCUGCAUUAGAUCAAUUUUUUGCAACAAGUCCUCAUUAUUAUUUAAGACGAAGAAGUACAUUAAAAUUAUCAUAUCGUGUAACGAUAUUAUCUAUUUUUUGUGCAAUUCUAUUUGGUAUUCCAAUUAUAUUGUAUUGUGAUAUUUAUUCAACAGUUGGAUGUAUAAUUAGAAAUUCAAGAUUUUUUUUCUAUUAUUCAUAUAUUCAUGUACUAUUAUUAUAUGGAAUAUUUCAUAGUUGUAUUUCAUCUCUAUUUGGUUUUUUAGCAUUUCGUAAUGUACGUUGUAUUAUUCGACAACGAAUACAAAUAGUUCGUCGUCGACUCGAUCGACAAUUAACAGCGAUGGUUCUAAUAAGAAUUAUUUUUUCUAUUAUUUUAUCGCUACCAUAUGUUAUUUAUUGUACUUAUUAUUUAAAUGUUAUAGAUUUUAUAGAAAAUUCUGUUCAAGUAAUUUCUAUUCGAAUUAUUGGAAUCAUUUGUAGUUCAUUAGCAGUUAUUAAUACAUCGGCAAGUUUUUAUAUAUUUUUAAUAUUUUGUACAAGAUAUCGUCAUCAAGUUAAAUUUGUUUUAACAAAAAAACUAUGGAAACAAUUACGAAAAAAGAUAUGUUUACGUCAUAAUCAAAUUAAACCUGCAAAUGAACCGAGCAUGAACGACUAUACUACUGAAGCAAAAUUUUAA